GAGUAACCACGACUCAUGUCGAAGGUCUUUGUAGAAAAGUACUGAAAUAUAGGAUUUUCAGUGUCAAGUUGAAAGGAAAAUCUAUAAAAGUAGGUUGAUUGUGAAAUUAAAACGAUUUUAGCUUUUUGCGUCGCGUGGAAGAAACUUGGGAAAAUACGAUUCUUGGAAUAGAACGAUAAUUUUAUAAAAAUGAGUGGAUUACCAGAGUCUAGAUUAGGAACAAAGGCUCAUUGGGACUCUAUGUAUGAGUUAGAAGUAUCGAAUUUCAAAGAGUUUCAAGAUGAAGGAGAAAUAUGGUUUGGCGAAGAGUCUGAAGAACGAAUAGUUCAAUGGAUAGAAGAUUAUGUUUCGAACGAACAAAGGACUUCAGCAGGUGGUGCUUUUCGGGUUUUAGAUUUGGGAACAGGAAAUGGUCAUUUGAUUCUUCGUAUCGCUGAAGAGGCUGACAGUCUACUUCCUCAGCCUUGCGUUCUGCUUGGCGUCGACUAUAGUGAGAAGGGGGUAGAACUUGCGAAAAAAUUAGCAGAAGCACACGGUUUUCAAGAACGGGUUGGAUUUGAGCAGUAUGACAUUAUCAAAGAUUUGCGAUUCUGUGAUGGAACAUGGGAUCUUAUUUUAGAUAAAGGAACCUUUGACGCCAUUUCUCUUAGUACAGAGACCUUGAAUGGAAGUCCUCUCAACCAGGUGUAUGUGGAUCGUAUACAUGAGAUGCUGUCACCCAAAGGGUUGUUUUUAAUUACCAGCUGUAAUUGGACGCUAGAGGAAUUGUCGGAACGUUUCGUAAAAAAGGGAUUCCGCAUUCAUUCUACCGUACCAGUCCCUGUUUUUGAAUUCCAAGGAAGGAAAGGUAGCUCGACUACUGUUGUCGCUUUUGAGAUUGCAAAUUAAAAGGAUGAUAGCAGUGUUUGAUUUAUUAUACAAAUAGUACUUUAUUUAUGGCUCUUUGUUUUGUCUCUAUCUUAGUGUUUACUAAAAUAGUACGCUGGCGUUCGUUAUAAUAGUCUAUUAGGGUAGGGUCCAUCCAGCCGUCACAAACCGACACCAAAAUUCUUGGAAAUGGUAAGCAUCAACAG